AAAUGUCCCACUCCUUCACAUUCACGACCUCCAAGCCAACAUUUGCACAUCAAGAGCUCAGAAACUUCCUCGUCUUGCUCGGCCAGGUUCUAACACCGGAGGUUCUUUGCAGGGCGCCGCUGUCAGCACGUCAGAAUGGAUCCAGAAAGAGGAUCCAUUGCCCACGCCAAGGAGGAUCCAUCGCACAACCACGAUGGACCCCCUCGGGAAGAGAGCCACGCACACCACAACGGCCAGCCGAACAGGGUCCCUGAGGAGGUUCUGAAUGAAGGCACCGAGCCGUCUGAGAAGGAGCCCCUGUUCGCCCACAAGGAAUUAGUGACUGGCGAAGAUGUGUUCGACUUCAGCAAAGCGGCGAUGGAAGCCCAGAGUCCUGGGAACGAGGAUACUCACCUGACCUUCGAAAAAGAACCGGAAGUCAAGACGCUUGUGUCGCAGAAGUCCUCGGACAAGGCCAUGUUCUACGGUGUCGAUGACAGACCGGCGUGGUACUUCAGCGCUGUACUCGGUCUUCAGCACUACCUCAUAGUCACAUCUGGUGCGCUGAGUUAUCCUUUCGCCCUGGCUCCGGCUCUGUGCAUGCGCGAGGAAGACCCGGCACGUGGAUAUCUCAUCUCCACAAUUUUCUUCAUCUCCGGCAUAGGCACAAUCAUCCAGACAACGCUUGGCAUCAGGCUUCCUAUCAUCCAGGGUUGCAGCGUGACGUUCCUGGUGCCCAUCCUCGCCACCAUGGCGCUGCCAGAGUGGCGCUGUCCGACCGAGGAGGAACUCAUUGCCGCGCGGGGCGAUCCGGAUUCGGGCAUCACGGGCCCCGCCACUGACCAGGAGUGGACGGCCGUCUGGCAGAUACGCAUGAGCGAGAUCUCCGGCGCCAUCAUAGCGUCGGCGGCGUUCGAGGUGCUGCUGGGCUUCACGGGCAUCGUGGGCUUCCUGCUCCGAUGGGUGACUCCGCUGGGCAUCGCACCCUGCAUCGCGCUGGUUGGCCUGUCACUCUUCGAGGAAGCCGCUCGGCUCAGCUCCGGCAACUGGGGCGCAUCGUUAAUGAGCAUCAUACUCAUGACGAUCUUCUCGCAAUAUUUCCAAAACGUAACUAUUCCUGUUCCUGGCUGGCAGCGUGGAAAAGGCUUCAUUGUGAGGCAUUUCGCCAUCUUCAAGCUCUUCCCGAUUCUGCUAGCAAUCCUUAUCUCCUGGGGAGCCUGCUACCUGAUGACCGAAACGGAGUACCUGCCUGCCGGUGAUCCCGCUCGGACUGACCUCCGCUCCAGUAUCAUCGAGAAAAGCCCAUGGAUAAGAGUGCCAUACCCAGGCCAAUUCGGUAUGCCCCGGGUGUCGGUGGGAGUGGUACUCGGCAUGCUGUCGGCUAUCCUGUCCUCAGUGGUGGAGUCCGUGGGCGACUACUACGCAUGCGCAAGGCUCUCACAAGUUCCAACUCCACCGACGCAUGCCAUCAAUCGCGGCAUCUGGAUGGAAGGACUGGGCUGCAUCGUGGCCGGCAUCUGGGGUGGAGGAUGCGGACUCACCUCGUACUCCACGAACAUCAGCAUCAUUGCCGUCACGAAGGUGGCCUGUCGAUCGGUGGUACAGUGGGCGGCCGUCUUCAUGAUCGGCUUCGGCGUUGUGGGAAAGGUAGGCGCUCUGUUCGCCACCAUCCCGGACCCCAUCAUUGGUGGCGUGUUCUGCGUCAUGUUCGCCAUGAUUGCGGCCGUCGGGCUGUCGAGCGCGCAGUGCGUUGACCUCAACUCGUCCAGGAACCUCUUCGUGCUAGGAUCAUCGCUAUUCUUCGGCCUUAUGGUGUCGCACUGGACGAGUCGCAAUCCUGAUGCCAUCAAGACAGGCUAUGACGUGCUGGACCAGACAAUCGUGAUUCUUCUCAGUACGAGCAUGUUUGUUGGUGGAUUCUUAGGAAUAUUUCUCGACAACACAAUACCAGGCACACCCGAAGAGCGGGGCCUGGCCGCCGGAGGCCAUCACGGCAACGUCGGAGGCAGUGGCGGUGCCACGGACUCCACCAAGGACUGCUACGACUUGCCCUUCCUUCGGGCGCGUCUGGCGAACGCCGCUUUCUCGUACCUGCCCAUCAGCCCGACCUACAGCAAUGCCGCCCUGUUGCAGCGGAUCACACCUAAGUUUGUGCGCUCCCUCUCGCGGAGAUCCAAUAAGGCAGCCAGCGAGGCCUGAUACACCGGCGUCAACGUAGCCAGGCUCAAGAAGCGCCGUCGUUCUCACCCUCCAGUGCUUGCACCCUCGUUACGCGCCUUGUGCAACCGGAGCGCGCACACCUGGCCUCGGCCCCUAGCUGCUAUCAGGCGUGCCUCCCAAUACACGGGCCUUCGAGAUCAAAUCGGCGCGCCACGAACCUCGCUUGCAACUACUGACGAGUACUUGCGCACAACCGCCGCGGAGAGGGUGAUGAACGCUGCAAAGAUACAAAUGCGAAGGACAAAAUUCCAGCAAAGUGCCACAUGAUCAAGUGAAAGAACGGCCAGUGAACGGCAUUCGCACAUCGCAAUAAGUGUGUAUAUAAAUGCAUUUAUGAAAUCGGGAAAUAUUUUUCGCCGGCAGUUUAGUGCAAUUCUGACGUUGGGACUGUCUUUCAGAUGCUUCGAAGGGGGGCUUCGUGAGCAGUCAAACAAUGACGCGCCUGGUAAAUCCAAUUUGAUGUGCACACAUACAGCGAGACCCGCGGUACGGUACAUGCGUAGAAGCCGCGCAAUUCUUCACAAUAUUGCGUACUUGGCAAUCUUAUGUAUUGCAGUCACAGCGCCGUUUGCCAUUCUUCAACCAUACACGUCUUGAUCUUUGACCCAUGCAUUAUUGGGAAACUCCCAUAGCUGAAAUCUUCCCGGCUGGCAGCGUUACCACACCACACUGCCAGUCCGGCUUUCGUUUCUGUUUGACGACUUGUACACAAUAUUGAAGUCAUUGACUCCGGCAAAAAUCUCGUUAUUUUACCAAUA